UUUUUCCUUCCAACGACUUUGUAACUGUUGUAGUAAUGCGAUUUUAACGUUUUAUCUUAAAGUCGCUCAACUUCCCAAACCGCUUUCCCGUUCAUUCCAACUCCCAAGAUACAAUUUCUGUAGCCUACAGCCUCUGCUACUCUUCUCCACUUCCCACUCAAUUCUCUCUCUGUAUCUACGUUAGAGGUUUCCACGGCAACUCACAUUCCGUAUUUGUGAUCCCAGUUUUACCUCAAGUAGCUGCUUCACAGAUCAGGGAAAUCUGAAACGCAAACCCAAAACCUCCAAAUAUCAAAUUCCCCUUUACUAAUACAAAAGAAAAGGGAAAAAGGAUAACACGUUCAAUCUCCCAGCUCCAAAAUGCCGUCUUCUCCCAAGGCAUUCUACGCGCGCCCAUCCUCCAACAACCGCAGAUCCACGCUCAUGAUCAUUAUCUGUCUAAUUCUCGGGCUUUCGGCCGUUAUCGGGCUGUACGGCAUGGUGCAAUCGGGCCGGAGCAAUGGAUGCGGUGAUGUUAAGCCGCUAUCAGUGUCUGUGACGUGGGAUAAAUCUUCCUCCCACAGUAGUGGCGGCGGCGCCUUGCCUCAGAAGCGUCACAAAGUUAUGGGAUUUGUGGGUGUUCAAACCGGGUUCGGAUCGGCGGGCCGACGCCGGUCUCUGCGUAGGACUUGGUUUCCCUCUGAUCACCAGGGGCUUCGACGGUUAGAAGAAAGCACCGGUUUGGUUUUCAGAUUUAUUAUUGGUAGAACCAACGAUAGAUCGAAGAUGUCAGCUCUUAAGGAGGAGGUCACCAAGUAUGAUGAUUUCUUGCUGAUAGAUAUUGAAGAGGAGUACAGUAAGCUCCCAUACAAAACCUUGGCUUUCUUCAAAGCUGCUUAUGCUCUUUAUGAGUCUGAUUUCUACGUCAAGGCUGAUGAUGACAUAUAUUUACGACCAGAUCGUCUUUCCUUGCUUCUAGCUAAAGAGCGGUCUCAUUCACAAACAUACCUCGGGUGCAUGAAGAAGGGACCUGUGUUUACUGAUCCAAAGUUAAAAUGGUAUGAACCUCUUGGACAUUUGCUUGGGAAGGAGUACUUUCUUCACGCAUAUGGUCCAAUUUAUGCCCUUUCUGCAGAUGUUGUCGCAAGCUUGGUUGCAUUAAGAAAUGACAGUUUCCGAAUGUUUAGCAAUGAGGAUGUAACCAUUGGUUCGUGGAUGCUUGCAAUGAAUGUCAAUCACGAGGACAGUAAGCUACUAUGUCAGGCGGAGUGUACGGCCUCAUCUAUUGCUGUAUGGGACAUUCCUAAAUGUUCAGGGUUGUGCAAUCCCGAGAAGAGGAUGCUGGAACUCCAUGAGCAAGACACUUGCUCGAAAAGUGCAACUCUCCCAUCCGAUGAAGACGAAAAGUGAUGUUCUUCUACAUACAAAAUUCAGAUGAUGACCUUGUGCAGCUCUGUACCAUAUAUUCUGCAGAAAAGAAAAGAAAAGCUUCUGGGCCGUUGAUUGUCCUGAUGAAAAAUGAGAAUUUUUGUCACAGGAUUUUUACAUUGUUAGAAGAUGUAGGUGGUGGUGGUGGUGGAAUUGCCCAAAACUUUCAUUUGUAUCAUAUUUCACUCUUUCUAUGAAAAUACUACACAUUUUCUGGUCAA